AGGAUCGUGGAGGAGCCCGAGAAGCCGCAGACGCCGCCGCCAGAGCCCCGGGGGGAUCGCGGUGAGAGGGCGGCAGGCUGGGCCGUCGUUUCCCAGAGGCCCUGGCUUUGUGAUCCCGGCUAUCGCAGGGCGGAGGAGGACGGGGCGUGACCUGCCGCAGAUACCAACAUUAUAUGGAAAAUGGCUCUGCCAGCUCAGCAGAUACCCAAAUGGUUCUAUUCAGUAAAAAUAAGAAAUUUCAUCACCAUCAUGCAAUUUAGAAAUCAGUUAAUGAGACCAAGAAAAACAACUUUACAUGGACUCUUGGCACUGCCUGAGCAGUCUUCUGGCAAUUUUUUCCAUUGGAGAUUCAAGAGCUACAGGACUUCUUCCAUAUGGAAUGGUUCUCAGGCUCCCAGCUCAACUAGACAAGAGAAUAUUUCUGCACAAGACACUCACCCUCCUUCCCUUAACAAACUACAACUCAAGACUGAAGUAACCAACUUUGAUUCACAAAUAUCACUAGAAGAACUGGAGGAUUUGCCCCCCGUCUCUCCGCUGCAGCAGAUUUCUGAGGAGGAUGCUGUGCAGAUUGUUGCAGAACCGCCUCUGCCGCCAGCUUCAUUCACACUUCGAGACUAUGUGGAUCGCUCUGAGACUCUGCAGAAGUUAGUGCUUCUGGGGGUCAAUUUGUCCAAACUGGAAAAACGCCCAGGUGUUGGUACUCUCCUUCUGAGACUGGACUUCGAAAAUGACAUACAAAAAAUACUUCUGUUUCUUAAGGAUAUUGGUGUAGAAGAUAACCAAUUAGGAGCGUUCCUUACUAAAAACUAUAUUAUUUUAACUGAAGACUUGGAGAAUUUAAGGACCAGGGUGGCUUACCUUGAAUCAAAAAAGUUCAGUAAGACAGACAUCUCACGGAUGAUUGUAAAUGCACCAUAUUUGUUGAGUUUUCCAGUGGAUAGACUGGAUAACAGAUUGGGCUUUUUCCAGAAAGAACUUGGACUGAAUGUGCAAAAGACCAGAGAUCUAGUUAUUCGUCUUCCACGACUAUUAACUGGAAGUCUUGAGCCUGUGAAGGAAAAUAUGAAGGUUUACCAACUUCAACUUGGCUUUAAACGUAAUGAAAUUCAGCACAUGGUGACCAGAAUCCCAAAGAUUUUAACUGCAAACAAAAGGAAACUAACAGAAACAUUUGACUAUGUUCACAAUGUGAUGAGCCUUCCCCAUCAUAUUAUUGUCAAAUUUCCACAGGUGUUCAAUUCAAAGCUGCUAAAAAUCAAAGAAAGACACUCAUUUCUUACCUACUUAGGAAGAGCACAAUAUGAUCCCCAAAAACCUAACUACAUCUCUUUGGAUAAACUGGUAUCUAUUCCUGAUGAAGUAUUUUGUAAAGAAGUUGCUAAAGCCUCACUGCAGGACUUUGAAAUAUUCUUAAAAACUCUCUAGCUGCUAAUGAAUGGAAAGGGAUUGAUUUAAUAAUCCAUUAAUAUUUAUGUGGAUCAGUAUGUGUUUUGUAUAAAUAACUUUUAA